AUGGAUCUGGACACAGGUGACUCCCCGUGGGGCGACGUUCCCUCGCAGUCCACCGGCAACCACGGUUCGUCAAGGCCAGAAACCGAAGAUGCCACCCGGGAACAAUCGUCACAACAAACCACUUCGACCGGUCCUCGUUCUCCCGUACGGCGCGGUCCGCGAGGUGUCCGCAAGAUCAGCGCACAUGCGACAAAAUUGGAAGCAGUGGACGAUACCCUGGAUCCGCUAGGUCCUCUCGGGGACAAAGCCGACGAAUCUAGUCCUGCAGCGGUCGAGCAAGCACCUGUACCGCCUCAGAAGGAAGCAUUUACUGGGCGCAAUGUUCGGCCCACAUCAUCUGCGUCUCAGACGUCUAGUGGUGCUGGUAUGGUCGAUUCUGUGAACCUUGAAGAAGACGGUGCGGGUUUUAGAAACCCUCCUCCGGUACAACCACCAAGCGACGCGGACAGCGCGAAGAGACAAUCGGAGCCUAGUAUUAGUAUUGAGAAGGCAGCGAAACCGACUUUCGAGAUUACCGUCGGUGACCCACACAAAGUGGGAGAUCUAACGAGUAGUCAUAUUGUUUAUCAAGUCCGAACUAAGACUACUUCUAAGGCCUAUCGCCAGCCCGAAUUUGCCGUCAGCCGCCGAUACCGUGACUUCCUUUGGCUCUACAAUUCAAUGCAUAAUAACAACCCUGGCGUCGUCGUCCCUCCUCCUCCGGAGAAGCAGGCAGUUGGCCGUUUCGAUACUAAUUUCGUUGAAUCCAGAAGGGCCGCACUGGAGCGCAUGCUUAACAAAAUUGCCGCGCACCCUAUCCUACAGCAUGAUGGGGACCUGAAAAUUUUCCUCGAGAGCGAAACGUUUAAUCUAGAUAUCAAGAACAAGGAGAAUAGGGAGCCGGAUCUGGGUCAGAGCAAGGGUAUGUUUAGCUCCUUCGGUAUCAACGUGGGUGGAGGAUCUAAGUUUGUUGAGCAUGAUGAUUGGUUCCAUGAUCGAAAGGUUUACUUGGACGCCUUGGAGAAUCAGCUGAAGGCCCUGAUGAAAUCUAUUGACACCGUAGUUGCACAACGGAAGGGGCUUGCCGAAGCUGCUGGGGACUUCUCGGCAUCCCUCCAUGCGCUGGCAGCUGUUGAACUAUCUCCCGCCCUCUCAUCCCCUCUCGACGGGCUCUCGGACCUGCAGUUGCGCAUAAAGGAACUGUAUGAGCGCCAGGCCCAGCAGGAUGUCCUCACGCUCGGCAUCACCAUUGAUGAAUAUCUCCGUCUGAUUGGAAGUGUUAAGACCGCCUUCUCUCAGCGGCAGAAGGCGUUCCACAGCUGGCAUGCAGCUGAGUCAGAAAUGCAAAAACGCAAGCAUACGCAAGAGAAGCUUCUCCGGCAAGGAAAGACACAGCAAGACCGCCUAAAUCAGGUCAAUGCCGAUGUGGCCGAUGCGGAACGCAAGGUCCAUCAGGCGAGGCUGUUGUUCGAAGAUAUGGGCAGGCUGAUGCGGAAUGAGCUGCAGCGUUUUGAAAAGGAAAAGGUGGAGGAUUUCAAGUCCGGUGUAGAAACCUUCUUAGAAAGCGCUGUUGAAGCCCAGAAGGAGCUCAUCGAGCUCUGGGAAACCUUCCUAUUGCAACUGGAUGCGGGCGAAGAAGGUAACCCCUUCUAUGCCCCUGCGGCUGUAGGGGAUGAUGCUCCCGCAGAGUCGGCGCCAGAGAGGACUACUGAAGCUGCCUCGAGUGCGGCUACCGAGGAUGAAGCAUAG